CGCAGGAGCCAGCUGCUUUCCUUGCACUAACCAACGGGAAAGCGCUGGAAGAAGCCGCCUCCAGCCUCAGAAACCUCCAAGUGUCUUGAUCUGACGUGCGCUCAGCUGGCCUCCUGGAAGCGUUGCCGAGAGGACCUUGGCAUAGGGUUUGUGGGGCUUAAUUGGAGGGAAAACAGAAUGAAGGAAAUCAUGUCUAAUAACAACACAACCAAUAUAUCUCAAGCAAGAAAAGCGGUGGAGCAGUUAAAAAUGGAAGCAUACAUGGACAGGAUAAAGGUAUCCAAGGCUGCAGCUGAUUUAUUGGCAUACUGUGAUGCUCAUAUUGGAGAAGAUCCCCUUAUUAUACCAGUGCCUGCAUCUGAAAAUCCCUUCAGGGAGAAGAAAUUCUUUUGUACUAUCCUUUGAGUCAGUUUUAAUUAAAAAUGUCCUUUGUGAAAAUCCAUACUGAUGGUGCAUGCUUUUAGCACUUAGAUUUUCCCUGAAUUAUCAACAAUUAAACCCACAGUUACAAUAUUUUUAGAAGCACAAUAAAUUUUUAUGGUAAAUAAGUGGUUUACAUGCAGAUUUUAGGAUAGCCUCACUUUCCUGCCAGUGCAUAAAUUUUAAUUUCAGUUAUCAGUAAAGAUUGUUUUGGUUUUUAAUGAAAGAACCAAAUACAAUAUUAAAUGGUAGAUAUCUUUGCCAGUCAUAGAUUUUUCUGAGACCAAAAUCAGUCAUACAUAUUCUUGAACCUAUUUUUAAUUUUCAUUUUCUUAGAAAGGUAAUUUAUUUUCUUUUGCCGUUACAAAUAUAUAUCUAACAAAGGCAGAAUGACCUCUCUUGAAGCAGAAUGCCAGUUAUUGCUGUAAUGCUGCUUGGAACGGUCAAUCCUGUACAGUAAAUGGUAUUUAUAAAUGUGGAUGUUUAGUGAACACUGUAGCAAAUUUUACUUUAAAACUUGGUGGAAUUAAGCAACAUUGUGAUUCUGAAAUUUCCUUUAUUGAAGAAAAUAAAGGAGCGCACAAUCUAGGACUUGCUUUUUUCCUUUAGCUUAUCUCUGCACCAAGGUGGCUUAUAGAAAUACAAAAAGCCAUUUACCUCCCAUUCCAAAAUUGUAAUGAUAUAAACUUGUAGGAAGCUUUGAGUAAAUCCUUGUUCAUUCUUUCAGUUCAGCUGUGCUAUGGAGCAGGUUAUGCUGCUGCUUUUGAACAGAAGUAUAGAGUAAGUCCUUAGCUAAUACUUGCUGCUGAUUGCAACAUAGACUUUAAAGCCUCAGACCUGCCCUGGUAUAAGCCCUCAGUGAGGCAUGUGUGAAAUAUACUUUAUUUAAAAUAGAUGCAUUUAGAAGAAGAUGAGGAUGAUGUAAUGAGCAAGAGUGGUAUAUCUUUCCCCUUAAUUAAAUGUUUACAUUUACAGUCUGUGUACCCAAACUGAAAUAACCACUGCCGUAUUGUUUAUUUUUCAAUAUCUGAUUCUAUCAUCUGUACAAUCCCUCCGGAACAAAAUGUCAAGACAUUGGGAAGGGUAAACGCAGAUAUCUGUCACAGUGCCUUGAAGGAUGUGCCAGAAGACUUCUGUAGGUUUAGAUGUUCUGUGCUGUCUUGACACACUGGUUCAGUGCCCAGAAUGUUCUCAGUGUGUGAAAGCAUAAGGCUUCAGCCAAAUCCUGUUUCCACUGAAGUCAAUAGAAGUUUGGCAUUGACUUCAUUAGGAGCUAGAUUUUUUUGCACUGAUUUUCACCUGUUUAGAUGUGGUGGUAAUAAACACUGAUAAAUUCCUGGGAAAAAUUAAACAAAACAACAUCUGAAAAUGAAAGGCCCUAUAUAUCAGAUACCUUAUUAUAAGUGGAGCAAAAAUUGUUUUCUGAAAACUUUAAAAAAGAAAUCAUUGUGUUUCUUCUUGCUUAAUAAGGUCUUUUAGGGAAUCCUUUCUACAUAGUAAAUGAUGUUGUAACUUUGAUAAGGCUGUUCUGAUCACCAUGGUAACAUGUUCACUUGUCCUUCCUCAAUGUAUACAGUUUUAAUAGAAUAGAGAGCAAGGGGAAUGUAGACCACACAGCUGUAUUCUCAAAGGUUUUGUAUGUGUUUGCAUUUGUGGCUCAUUAACACAAUCUCAUCUAGCAUUUUAAUAUUGCAACAGCUUAUUUAGAAUUCUUGUUUUCUAUUUCAGAUUACUUGUAAUGUCUGCAAAUUAAAGAGCUACAUCAAAUACACUUGUGCAUCAGUGUUUAAAAAAAGCUGUGUUUACAAAAAUCAAGGCUGUUCAUUAGUAAACUUAUUUUGAAAUGAAAACAACUCAUUGUUUUGUUCAUGAUGGUCUGCACUCUGAAACUGAUGGAAUUAGUCUUAAACGUGUCUGUUCUUGUUUUCUAAUAACCCACUAGCAUGUUUAUAACAACUUUCAUCCUCUUGAACAAAGAUCAGUCCAAAACUUAGCUAAAUCAAGAUAAUUAAUUUUAUACCUACUGAGACUCUUAUGUGCUUACAGUAAAAAGAGGGUAAAUAUGUAAUCCAUAUUUGGUGUAUUGUAUGUAUAUAAUAUAUCUGAGGAGAAUAUACUAUGCAACUCUAAUUUUAUUUGGAAACGGGAUACCCUUCUCCCAUUUUUACAAACUGUUCAUGUUCUGUUUAACAUCUCUGUGUGUGUGUAUACCAUGGGCAAAUAGUGCCUAAUUAGAAGGACCUCGUAGUACAAUGUAGUGGUAACAGUUCUAGAUCACUUAAGAAUUGCCUUUAUUCAAGGGUUAAUAACAAAAUAUACUUCUAUGGCACUCCAUAAUUAAGGGUGGAACUAACUUUCCAUUUAUGUAUGUUUGGGUAAUGUGACACCUCUAACAUUUUCAAGAAUGGCCUCUUUCAGCCACAGACUUUGACCAUAUCUCUAUUGGAUUUUUUAUUAUUACUUUACCAUACUUGGCGAUGAUUCACAUCAGCUACUUUUGAGAGAUGGAAUUUAGUUUCAUGUUUGGAAAUUUCUUCCUACACUACUUAAGUUUUUUGACCAUCUUAGCUCCAAAAACUGCUUGUCCCAGAAACUUCACAGGAAAACUUAUUUGAAAGGUCUCGUACUCCAUUCCCCACAAAGGGGCUUCAGUUGCCGAGAGAAUAUGCUCUCUGUCUAUCCUGUGACAGAGACUUACUGGUUCUUCUUUGAGUGAUGCCCGAUGGUGCUCCACUAUAGGUGCAGCAGCAGCCCCUACGGCUGGGAUCGGAGAUCUUCAUCAGCAAUGCCCAUUGGACCACACAUGUACACCUUCCCAUCUCUCACCAUGAGUGGGAUGUGUAUAUAUAGUGUUGUGUGGAGUGACUUUGGUCUGGGAUGGAAUCUGCAGCAGAGCCCCUUCUCCUUUUGACCUGUUAGUGCCUUACUUGUUAAUUUUUAGUGUAGGUUAGUAGUUACUUCUUCCUUUCUCAUCCUCUCAUUUAAAAAAAAAUCACUUUU